GGGAGGCGGGGGUGGGGGUGGGGGUCUUGCCUGCGGGGGGAGCCGGGGCCGCCCCUUGUCCGGCCACCCCCACUGCCCAGUCCCGCUCCCGCCCGCGGCGGCCGCAGCAGCCGCAGCAGCAGCGGCUCCAGGAUGGUGAGCGCCACUGCCCCCCAGCCCAGGCCUGUCGCCCCCGGCCCGCGCCGCCGCCCCGGUCCCCGGGCCGGACGCGCCCCCGGGCCGCGCACACUCACCUAGGACCCGGCCGUGAUGCCGAGCUCUGUUGAAGAUGCACUGGACACCAGAACACGCCCAGCCCCUCAACCAGUGGCCAGAGCAGCACCUGGACGUCUCCUCCACCACCCCGUCGCCGGCCCACAAGUUGGAGUUGCCCCCUGGGGGUCGCCAACGCUGCCACUACGCUUGGGCACACGACGACAUCUCAGCCCUCACUGCCUCCAACCUCCUAAAGCGCUAUGCAGAGAAGUACUCUGGGGUCUUGGAUUCUCCCUACGAGCGUCCGGCCCUGGGCGGGUACAGCGACGCCUCCUUCCUCAACGGCGCCAAAGGGGAUCCCGAGCCCUGGCCAGGGCCGGAGCCACCCUACCCCUUGGCCUCACUCCACGAAGGCCUCCCAGGAACCAAGUCGGGCGGUGGCGGCGGUUCCGGGGCCCUGGGGGGCUCCCCAGUUUUAGCCGGGAACCUCCCUGAACCCCUCUACGCCGGGAAUGCGUGCGGGGGCCCAUCGGCGGCGCCCGAGUACGCGGCCGGCUACGGCGGGGGGUACCUGGCGCCGGGUUACUGCGCGCAGACGGGCGCCGCGCUGCCCCCGCCGCCCCCGGCCGCGCUCCUGCAGCCCCCACCGCCUCCGGGGUACGGGCCCUCAGCGCCGCUGUACAACUAUCCCGCAGGGGGCUACGCAGCGCAGCCCGGCUAUGGCGCGCUCCCGCCGCCCCCAGGCCCACCCCCGGCCCCCUACCUGACCCCGGGCCUGCCCGCGCCCACGCCCCGGCCCGCGCCGGCACCGCCCACCGCCUAUGGCUUCCCCACGGCCGCGCCGGGUGCCGAAUCCGGGCUGUCGCUGAAGCGCAAGGCCGCCGACGAGGGGCCCGAGGGCAGCUACCGCAAGUACGCGUACGAGCCCGCCAAGGCCCCCGCGGCUGACGGAGCCUCCUACCCCGCCGCGGACAACGGCGAGUGUCGGGGCAACGGGUUCCGGGCCAAGCCGCCAGGAGCCGCGGAGGAGGCGUCGGGCAAGUACGGUGGCGGCGUCCCCCUCAAGGUCCUGGGCUCCCCCGUGUACGGCCCGCAACUGGAACCCUUUGAAAAGUUCCCGGAGCGGGCCCCGGCUCCUCGUGGGGGGUUCGCCGUGCCGUCGGGGGAGCCUCCCAAAGGCGUGGACCCCGGGGCCCUGGAGCUGGUGACGAGCAAGAUGGUGGACUGCGGGCCCCCGGUGCAGUGGGCGGAUGUGGCGGGCCAGGGCGCGCUCAAGGCGGCGCUGGAGGAGGAGCUGGUGUGGCCCCUGCUCAGGCCGCCCGCCUACCCGGGCAGCCUGCGCCGGCCGCGGACCGUCCUGCUCUUUGGGCCGCGGGGCGCGGGCAAAGUGCUGCUGGGCCGCUGCCUCGCCACGCAGCUGGGCGCCACGCUGUUGCGCCUGCGCGGCGCGACCCUGGCUGCGCCCGGCGCCGCCGAGGGCGCGCGCCUCCUCCAGGCCGCCUUCGCGGCCGCGCGCUGCCGCCCACCCUCCGUACUCAUCAUCAGCGAGCUAGAGGCGCUGCUCCCCGCCCGGGACGACGGCGCGGCGGCAGGGGGCGCGCUGCAGGUGCCGCUCCUGGCCUGCCUGGACGGGGGCUGCGGCGCGGGGGCUGACGGCGUGCUGGUUGUGGGCACCACCUCGCGGCCCGCGGCUCUGGACGAGGCGACCCGCCGGCGCUUCUCUCUCCGCUUCUACGUGGCGCUGCCCGACAGCCCGGCCCGCGGGCAGAUCCUGCAGCGAGCGCUGGCCCAGCAGGGCUGCGCGCUCAGUGAGCGGGAACUGGCGGCGCUGGUGCAGGGCACGCAGGGCUUCUCUGGGGGCGAGCUGGGGCAGCUGUGCCAGCAGGCGGCGGCCGGGGCGGGCCUCCCGGGGCUGCAGCGCCCCCUCUCCUACAAGGACCUGGAGGCGGCGCUGGCCAAGGUGGGCCCUAGGGCCUCUGCCAAGGAACUGGACUCGUUCGUGGAGUGGGACAAAAUGUACGGCUCUGGACACUGACGGCGCGCGGGGGAGGCCGCGGGAGCCGCAGUCCCUCCGUCCCCGCCGCCUCCGCGUGGGAGGGAUGUCACUGACUAAACCCGGCUGGCAGGGGCUGGAGUGGUGAAUGUGGGAUCGGGGACAGGAGGGGUCUGCCGGUGGAUAUUUUUUUUUUUCGUGGGAAGGAAAAUGCUUCUGCCAGGCAGAUGCCAUAUGCGCCGUGUACUCAGGUUUUUCCUAUUUAUUGUGGACUGGAAGCUCGCCAUCUCCGCCCGGCGGACCAGGCAGAUCCGGCAUGGGCUGGCACCCGGGGCCUUAGGAACUCCUGCUCUCUUGCCACAACGCUUUUGUCUCCUCGCUAUCUGAAUGGCACCCUCCUUCUCCCUCACUCUCUCCACCCCAUUCUCUGCAUUCUCUUGGUUUUCUCUCCCUUUUGCUUUGUCGCUGACACCCCUGCCCACCCCAUGCUGGCCCUGUUUCUCUCCUGCCCCUCCCUCCCCAGCUCUCCAUCCCUCACCCUCUGUGAUUCUGUCUCCAUCCCUGGCUCUCCAGCGUCCCUGGCCUUUUGGUCCCUGAGCUUUAAUGCCUGUCCCUGCCUUCUUUCUUAUUUGGACUGCAGUGGCCCUUUGCAGGAGCUCUGGAGGCCCAGGGGCUGAGGAGGAGGGUUACCCCUCUACCCGUCUGAAACCUAGGGUCUAGGGGGAUCAAGGAAAAAAAGUCCCCAAAAGAGGGGAAUUUUUUGUUUGUUUUUGAGGGGAGAUCCCAGAAAUGUAGCUUGUUUCAUAUUUUAGUCUUCUUAUUUUUGUAAAAUGUGUAGAAUUUGCUGUUUUUCUUUUUCUUUUGACAACUCAGGAAGAAACUGACCUCAGAAAGAAUGUUAGACUUUGGCUGCUCUCCUGUGUGCCCCUCACACCUGCCCCCUCCCCCCCACUCCAUCCAGGGGACCAAAUUCUCCCAGACACUCAAAAAAUGAGACUUACGGGGAAGGGGAGAGGAAGACCCAGAGGCCUCAGUGAAACCCCAGCUAUUCCUGGUCAGAAGCAGAAUGUAUUCCUAAGGGCUUCCUCCCCAGGGCCGAGGCCUAGGCAUGAAUGUGGGGAGUGGGCUGUGGGGUUUGAGAGAAGGGAGGCCUUAUUCCUCUCCUGCUGCUCCCCACCCCCUGCCCCACCCAACCCCUCCGCUGAGUGUUUUCUGUGAAGGGCUAUCCAGAGUUAGGAUGCCCUUGCCCAAUUCCUUCCUGAGACCCAGAAAGUAGGGUGGGAGGGCCCAAAUGGGAAGGUGACCUAAGCAGAAAGUCUCCAGAAAGGUCAUGUCCCCUGGCCCUGCCUUGGCAGAGGUCCCCAGUGACUUAUGCUAGGAGGAUUCCAUCUGGGUAGACAGUCUGGCCACAAAAUCAGCUACUGGACCUCAGCCAUCUCUGCUGGAGGCUCUGAGGAGGAGUUAGCAUCCCUCACUUGGGGGGCUCUGUGAGGAAAUGUGCCUUCCCCAUUCCCCCGGAGUCCUAGGUCUGGAGCUCCAGGGCUGGGAGAGGGGGAGGGAGAUGGGCAGGGGUGUUUUCUCUGACCUUGGGGGCUUAGUCUCAGUCCUGCCUGAACUUUCCACUAGGCUUGGAACCCUUCCAAGAACCAUAUUUCUCUCCUUCCCACCAAUUUUCCCUUGAUGAGGCUUUAGCAGUUUGCUCCCACCACCCCCAGCCCAUUUCACAACUCUGAUCUUAGUCCAAAGCAGGGGACACGCCCCCCCCACCACCACUUUUUCUCUCUCCCACCUCAGCCUCCUGUGCAGUUCCUUGCCUGCCCGUGCAUUUCUUAGAGUCUACUGCCUCCCCCCUGGCUGGGAGGGUGUCUCUGGGGGACCUUUCAGGGGCCCUGGCACCCAGGGCCUGUGCUGACCUAGGAGUGCUGACCAGAAGGCUGCUCUGUUCCCCCCCCACCCCCGUUGCUUUCUGGCCCCCUCUUUGGAGCCAGCCGCCCACAGGGCUUUGGUGCCUCAGAAGCAGUGGGCUGCCAGGUCACAGCCGCAGGCUGCAAAAGACCCUCGGAGGGAGCAUGGAGUGAGGGGUUCUCAGGUGUGUAUGUAUUGGGGGGUGGGGGGGGGUGGAGGGUGUCAGGGAAGUUGGGGUGGGAUCCCAGCCUUCCCUUCAAGAGGCAGGGAGCUCUGGGAAGUGGAGUCCCCACCGCUUUCUCUACUAGGCUCCUCCUGUUCCCCAGGCUUGGGGAGCUUUGCACAAGGAGACUGCCCCCAGCCUAGUGGCACCUACCUCAUGGGCUCUGGGGCAGGUAGGGGAAGGGCCAGUCCAGCUCUGGUAAUGUUGGGGGGAGGCAUACCAAAGAAUCCAGGGGCAGGGAGUGGGGAGGGUGACUUCUGAGCUGGCCUCUCCCCUUCCUCUACCCAGACUGGGGCUGGGAUCCUCUCCUCCGGCUGUAACCAUUUCUACCUCAUUUUGCUGCGUGUUGUACAUGGACGUAUUUAUCUCCUGUCUGACGAUGCUCUGCAGUUGUGGUCUGUCUACCUCAGAAGAGACUGUAUUUUAAAAGAAAGUAUUACACAGUAUUAAAGCGAUGACAUGUGGUUUGCAGAA